CCACACUCAAUGCUCUGUUUCAUCUUCUUCCCCUUCCCCUUCAUUUCCAACUCUUCAGAUUGCAUUCGAAUCCGGAGGUUACAGUUUGUUCAACGAUGGCGGAUACAGAGACGUUCGCUUUCCAGGCCGAGAUCAACCAGCUUCUCAGUUUGAUCAUCAACACUUUCUACAGCAACAAGGAGAUAUUUCUUCGUGAGCUCAUCAGCAACUCCUCUGAUGCUUUGGACAAGAUUAGAUUUGAGAGCUUGACCGACAAGAGCAAGCUAGAUGCUCAGCCGGAGCUUUUCAUUCAUAUUGUUCCAGACAAGACUAACAAUACUCUUUCGAUAAUUGACAGUGGUAUCGGCAUGACCAAAGCUGAUUUGGUGAAUAACCUUGGUACCAUUGCGAGAUCUGGGACAAAGGAAUUCAUGGAGGCCUUGGCUGCUGGUGCUGAUGUUAGUAUGAUUGGUCAAUUUGGUGUCGGUUUCUACUCUGCAUAUUUGGUUGCUGACAAGGUGAUUGUUACAACGAAGCACAAUGAUGAUGAACAGUAUGUGUGGGAAUCUCAAGCCGGUGGGUCAUUCACCGUCACCAGGGAUACCUCUGGGGAGAAUCUUGGCAGGGGUACUAAGAUUACUCUUUUCUUGAAAGAGGACCAGCUUGAGUACCUCGAGGAGCGACGCCUCAAAGACUUGAUUAAGAAGCAUUCUGAGUUCAUUAGCUAUCCAAUUUCCCUCUGGAUCGAGAAGACUACCGAGAAGGAGAUUUCUGAUGAUGAGGAUGAGGAUGAGAAGAAGGAUGAAGAAGGGAAAGUCGAGGAUGUUGACGAGGAGAAGGAGAAGGAAGAGAAGAAAAAGAAGAAGAUUAAGGAGGUCUCGCAUGAAUGGUCCUUGGUGAACAAACAGAAGCCAAUUUGGAUGAGAAAGCCCGAGGAGAUUACCAAGGAGGAAUAUGCGGCCUUCUACAAGAGCCUUACAAAUGAUUGGGAAGAACAUUUGGCUGUCAAACACUUUUCAGUUGAGGGGCAACUUGAGUUCAAGGCUGUCCUCUUUGUUCCAAAGCGAGCUCCUUUUGAUCUCUUUGAUACAAAGAAGAAGCCUAACAACAUCAAGCUGUAUGUCAGACGUGUCUUUAUCAUGGACAACUGCGAGGAUUUGAUUCCCGAGUUUCUCAGCUUUGUGAAGGGUAUUGUCGACUCAGAGGACCUGCCUCUCAACAUCUCUAGAGAAAUGUUGCAGCAGAACAAGAUCUUGAAGGUUAUCCGCAAGAACUUGGUGAAGAAGUGCAUUGAGCUCUUCUUUGAAAUAGCUGAGAACAAAGAAGAUUACAACAAGUUCUACGAGGCCUUCUCGAAGAACCUCAAGCUUGGUAUCCACGAGGACUCUCAGAACAGGACUAAGAUUGCCGAAUUACUGCGAUACCACUCCACCAAGAGCGGCGAUGAGAUGACCAGCUUGAAGGACUAUGUGACCCGAAUGAAGGAGGGUCAGAAUGAUAUCUAUUAUAUCACUGGUGAGAGUAAAAAGGCUGUUGAGAACUCCCCAUUCCUCGAGAAGCUGAAGAAGAAGGGCUAUGAGGUCCUUUACAUGGUUGAUGCUAUUGAUGAGUAUGCUGUUGGACAGCUGAAAGAAUUCGAGGGAAAGAAGCUUGUGUCUGCCACCAAGGAAGGUCUGAAACUCGACGAGAGUGAGGACGAGAAGCAAAAGAAGGAAGCUUUGAAGGAGAAGUUUGAGGGUCUGUGCAAGGUCAUCAAGGAUGUGUUGGGUGACAAGGUUGAGAAGGUUGUGGUUUCCGACCGUGUGGUCGAUUCUCCUUGCUGUUUAGUGACUGGUGAGUACGGUUGGACUGCCAACAUGGAGAGGAUCAUGAAGGCCCAGGCUUUGAGGGAUAACAGCAUGGCUGGGUACAUGUCCAGCAAGAAGACUAUGGAGAUCAAUCCCGAGAACCCCAUCAUGGAAGAGCUGAGAAAGAGGGCUGAUGCAGACAAAAAUGACAAAUCCGUCAAGGACCUUGUACUCCUCCUCUUCGAGACCUCUCUCCUUACCUCCGGGUUCAGCCUCGACGACCCUAACACCUUUGGCAAUAGAAUCCACAGGAUGCUCAAACUCGGCCUGAGCAUCGAUGAGGAUGCAGGUGAAGCAGAAGCCGAUGCUGACAUGCCCCCGUUGGAGGAUGCCGAUGCUGAAGGAAGCAAGAUGGAGGAAGUUGACUAAGCGUUUCUUAGACGAACUCAGUAGUGCUAUUUUAAUUUUGAACGAUCCUUUAGCCCGUCUUUCACAUUUUGUUUGGUGCCUUCAUUAGGAGGCUUUGCGUAGUUAUAUUUGGAGACGAUCUUAAAUGAUAAAUGCUCUGUUUUUUUUACUGGGAA